ACCCUUUUUCUUGUUUUUUUUUCACUUUCUUUUUUUUCAAUUCUUCCUUUUUUUCUUUUUUCUUUUUCUUCCCCUUUCCUCUUUUAUCAGUUUUAUUCGCGGUUUAUUUUUUUGGAACGAAAUGAACGAUCAAUCAACCGAAAAGAGAAAAGGCAAUAGUAAAAACGACAAGAAAAUAGAUCUCAAAACAUCAACUUUAACUUCACCACCUUCAGUUGCAGCAGCACUUCUUUCAGAUUCUUUAUUUCCUCCACGAAAACCAAAACCAAAUACCCAUAUGGACGAUUCAGAUACUGACGAUACAGAUAGUGAUACAGCAAGUAAAAAAGACCCUUUAGCGACAUCUGUAUGGCGAUUAUACACAAAAGCAAAAGAUACAUUACCUAAUGGUUCACGUUUGGAAAACCUUACAUGGCGUAUGAUGGCAAUGACGUUAAAAAAGAAAGAAGCUACUGAAAAAGUCAAAUCGGAACAAGAAGACACUGAUAUGGAUGAUACAAAUAUUGAUAAUAUAUCUUCUUCAUCACCACCUGCUCCUGACGAUACCACUACUAUGCUUUCUUCCUCAGCACCUCCUUAUACAAUCGAUUUUAUGGGUGGUGGACCAGUUUUUAGACGUACUCCUCCUCCACGAUCAAAAGCUUCUCAACUCAACAAAAAUGUACUUGUUUAUGGAUCAGCACGAGCUUCUUCACCUUUAUCACCUUCUCAUGAAUCUGAUACAAACUUUUAUAGUAACGAGUCUGGCGGUACAGGAUUAUUCCCUCAAACAUGUGGUAAUGGCACCAAUAGCAUCACAAUUCCCGUAGAUUUACCAACCGAUUCUGAUAUGGAUGAAGACAAUGAAGAAGAUUUUAGAAUGUCAUUCCAACCAUCAUCAUCAUCAUCUUAUGUUCCGCAUGAGGGCAUGACCUUUUCAAGUCAUUCUGUUCCCACGACUCAACAGCAACUUCAUCAUCAUCAUCAAUCAAUAGGAUUUAAUCACAGUCAACAACAUCAUCAAUCAUCUCAACAUCAACCAGCAUUAUUUCCUCGUUUGGGUUAUACCGUCUUGCAGCAACCUUCUGCUACAGGUUCACAUGAACAAAAUCUUUUGCCUGCCUCUUUUGACAAAUCUACUAUUCAUCCUGGAUCUCUCAGUUUUGAAGCCUUACUUCAUAUGUAUGCUAAUCAACCUCAACAACAACAACAGCAACAACAACAACAACAAAUUAUUCCUAACAAUAAUGAUACUUCACCUGUACUUCUUAACACACAUCUACCAGUGACUCCAACUGACACUCGAUCAACCUCUUCUUCUUCAGAUACAUCAAACAGUGCAGCAACUGGUGAAAAUGACAAUAUAAAUUCCACAUCACCUUCGACAGAGACAAAAACGGAUGACUCGGCUUCAAAAAAGGAUACUACUAAUGCAUCAUCAUCAACUAUUACAUCUUGUACCAACUGCAAAACAACUACGACACCUCUAUGGCGACGAGAUCCCGAAGGACAUCCUCUUUGCAAUGCAUGUGGUUUGUUUUUGAAGUUACAUGGUGUAGUACGUCCCCUUAGUCUGAAAACAGAUGUCAUCAAGAAACGAAACCGAAGCGGUAGUACGACUGGAACUACUGGAUCCUCGCUUGGUAAUAAUAAUAAUAAUAAUAAUACUGGCACCAUCGGCAACACUCAAUCGAAUAGUAAUAAUGGUGGGCGUGGCGUCAAAGGGAAAUCAUCAGCUUCAUUUUUAUCGUCGACUACUGGCUCCAAAGGACCAACAAAUGGAUCAACUAUGGGCGUGAUAGGUAAACGAUCAAGUGGAACGGGUAUGAUCAGUAUAUCUUCAGGUGGAUUUGGAGACAAGGGAAUGACACCAAUCACCAUGGCACCCCCAACGUCAGCGGCAAGUUCUAUCGCCAGAUCAGCUCCUAAUUCAAAUACACCAAUAACUACAUCCACUCCUUCCUCAACAACCUCUAUGAUCUCCACAUCACAACAAACAACACCAAUUGUUACUCGGCCUAUUACCUUUGCACAGACUCGAUUUAGUGAUCAAACUUUGAAUAAACGACAACGACGACAUUCGAUGAAUACAAAGAAAAAUGAAAAACCAUCCACAUCUUCGCCUUCAUUAUCAAACACACCUCCUGCAAUGAUGAUUUCUGGAUCAUUACCCGAUCAUCAAUCUUCAAAUAAUAGUGGAUUCCGUGAUACUUUACUGCGACAGCAACAACAACAACAACAACUUCAACAAUCAUCAAUAACGAAUCAUACUCCUAGAGUGAUUUUACCUAAUUCUCAACAACAACAACAACAACAACCAAGAGAAAUUUUACCAACAGUUGGAAGUGCGCCCAAUUUAUCACUUAUGGGAAUAUUGGCAGCACAGCAACAGCAUUCAGGUGGCAUGGAUACUUCACAUCAUCAGCAACAACAGUCACCUUUAUUAUCUCUUACAUCUGAACAAAUUCAACAACUACUAUUAUUACAACGAGCAACACAGAUGGCAGCAGCAUUAUCCAACGGAAACAACAAUAAUAGUAAUAAUACCAAUAGUUCUUCGUUACAGCAAAGCAUGUAUCAUCAACAAGCAUCUACAACUUCCCAACAACCAUCCUCAACACAUGACCCGUAUUUGAUGGAUCAUGAUUGAAAUACAUAUUAUAUAUAUAUACAUACUUUUGUUACCAUUAUAUUUAUAUACAUACUUUAUUUUUAUUUUUAUUUUAUUUGUACGAUAAACAAUGUUUUCCCCCUCCUUUUU